ACGAAACCACUUGAUUUCAAUGCUAUGUGGGCGGCAAAUUUUUUUGAUGACAAUGUCACUAUCAAAUAUGCACGACAACAACGGGGCUAAAUCCAGAGUUAAAUUUGCAUUUCGACAUCUGAUCCUGACGUGAAGAGGAUGAACAACGGUGCUAGGCAACACAAGCGUAAUCCCCACACGGCAAGGAAAUCACAGUCAGAUGUUUCAUUAGCUAGUGGCUAACGUUAGCUAGCUUGAUGCUCUUCGUUCACCUUACUUAUUCAUGCUAUCCUUUGAUAACAAUUUUAGACAGCGAAGAGGUGUCUUUUCUUUUCGUAUCUGUUGGUUCACUGUUAGCUAGCCAGCCAGCUAAACUAAUUCUAGCUAUAAAAAUUAUAAUAGUGCUAACGUGUAACUAAUUUACCACUAACGUUACCAAGUGUUAUCUAACGUUAGCUAUAGUCAAUUUCACCAAACUGAACAGUGACAUUAUGCAAGAGUAACUGCUGUGCCGUCAUGGUAAGUCUUACAAGUUAGCCUACAAGUUGAGUAACAUACUAACGUUAGUUAGUUAGCUAAAAGUCUUGCUAUGUAGUUAACGUUAGCUAGUUAGCUUUCUAGAUUAAUCAUUGUCGCUUGCCAGCUACCAAAGUCUAUUUCACCUAUCUAUGAUAUGUGACGAGGUUAAUUUUAAAGUAAUGGCAGUUAGCUAGUUUGACAUAGGAUAACUGCUAUAGCUGCACUACAUCUAUUAAAACAUGACUGUCUAUAUUACCAAAUGUGCAAAUAUUGUUUGAUUCCUGCUUUAGUAAACCAAUUGCCAGCUGUCAUGUCCACAAUAAGGAUUCUCUUCCUUGUCACAUCCAUCCAGAUCCUGUCCCGGGUGAAGCCAGCAGUAGGUGGAGAUUCUGCAGCUAGCGUCAGUGAGAAGAAGAAGAAAAACAAAGCCAAGAAGAGCCCUCGCCUGGAGGAAUACCUCAACCAGAGAGACUACCUUGGGGCACAAACUCUGUUAGAGUUUCAGCGUGAUGUUGGAGAAAAAGAGGAGCAUGCAGACCUUUGGAUUGGCUACUGUGCCUUUCACUUGGGUGAUUACAAGAGAGCAAUGGAGGAGUACAGGGCCUUGACACUCCGGUUAGAAGAACCAGGGGAGGUGUGGGUGUAUCUGGCCUGCACUCAGUUUUUCCUGGGGCUCUACAGAGAGGCAGAGGAGGCUGCAAACAAGGCUCCAAAGUGUGCACUUCAGAAUCGCCUGCUCUUCCACCUGGCUCAUAAGUUCAACGAUGAGAAGAAGCUGAUGGGUUUCCACCAGAACCUGGAGGAUGUGACUGAGGACCAGCUGAGCCUGGCCUCCAUCCACUACAUGAGAUCACACUACCAGGAGGCCAUCGACAUCUACAAACGCAUCCUGCUACAGAAUAGAGAUUUCCUGGCUCUUAACGUGUACGUAGCGCUGUGCUACUACAAGUUGGACUACUAUGAUGUUUCCCAAGAGGUGUUGGCUGUGUAUCUGCAGAGUAUUCCUGAAUCCACCAUCGCUCUCAACCUCAAGGCCUGCAACCACUUCAGGCUGUACAACGGCAAGGCAGCUGAGGCUGAGUUAAAGAACCUCAUAGACAUCUCCUCCUGCUCCUUUGAGUUUGCUAAGGAGCUUAUCCGGCAUAACCUGGUGGUGUUUCGUGGUGGGGAGGGGGCGUUGCAGGUGCUGCCCCCGUUGAUUGAUGUCAUCUCUGAGGCUCGGUUGAACCUGGUCAUCUACUACCUCAGACAAGAUGAUGUUCAAGAGGCUUACACCCUCAUAAAAGACUUGGAGCCAACCACACCACAGGAGUACAUUUUGAAAGGAGUGGUGAAUGCCGCUUUGGGUCAAGAAAUUGGAUCGAGGGAUCACCUGAAGAUUGCUCAACAGUUCUUCCAGCUGGUCGGAGGCUCAGCCAGUGAAUGCGACACGAUACCUGGAAGACAGUGUAUGGCUUCCUGUUUCUUCCUUCUGAGGCAGUUUGAAGACGUUCUCAUCUACCUCAACUCAGUCAAGAGUUACUGCUAUACCGAGGAUACAUUCAAUUUCAACUAUGCCCAGGCCAAAGCUGCCUUGGGCAACUACAAAGAAGCAGAGGAGAUAUUUCUGCUGAUCCAGGGUGAGAAGAUGAAGACUGACUAUGUAUACCUGAGCUGGCUGACUCGCUGCUUCAUCAUGAACCAGAAAGGCCGGCUAGCCUGGGAGCUGUAUCUGAAGAUGGGGGCUUUGCCAGACUCCUUCAGCCUCCUACAACUCAUUGCCAAUGACUGCUAUCAGAUGGGUCAGUUCUACUGGGCAGCCAAAGCGUUCGAUACUCUGGAGAAACUGGAUCCCGACUCCAACUACUGGGAGGGCAAGAGAGGGGCUUGUGUCGGAAUCUUCCAGCUCAUACUGGCAGGCAGAGAGCCAAAGGAAACCCUGAAGGACGUGCUGCCCCUGUUGAGGAGCACACAGAACCCCCAGGUGGAGUACAUUAUCAGAGCUCUGAGGAAAUGGGCCAAAGACAACAGGGUUCCUCUGACAUAGCAAUGUCAUACAUAACGUGCUUAACUCACAUACUACACUUACUACAUGUUGUUAUUACAUUAUAUAUGUGGUUUACAUGUGCAUUUUUUAUCAGACUCUUUUACUAGUGAAAAUCUAUAAAAUAACCUGUUCUCAUGAGCCAUGCACAAUGUGUAUUGAUGCGCUUUAUUGUACGUGUCACAGUAUUUAUAUCAUGAAAUACAUGUUUUAUUUGCAAUGUAUAUAAUUCUGUACAAUCUUGCCAAUCAAUUGUAUUGAAAUGUGUAUUUUGUAUUACUCAAAUGAUGCUGAUACAAGUAUUAAACAGUAUUCUCUU